AUGGGCCCCUAUACCGCCUCCUCAUGCUGCUGCCAGGCCCGUAAUCUGCCAUGGGCCCCCGUACCGCCUCCUCAUGCUGCUGCCAGGCCCGUAAUCUGCCAUGGGCCCCCGUACCGCCUCCUCAUGCUGCUGCCAGGUCCAGAGUGUCUCAUGGGUCCCUGUACGGCCUCCCAUUGCUGCUGCUGUCUCCAUCGCCACACUCUGCCAUGUGCCACUUUCAGGUCUCCUCACACACUGCUGGUGGGUUCCAUUUUGUAAUAGGGUGCUGUAUGGCCUCCCAUUGCUGCUGCCUCCACCGCCACUGUGGCUCCACACUCUGGUUUUGGCCCCGUGACUGCCCAAUGAGUGAAGUGUGCGGUGAUUCUAAGAUCGACGGCACUCAUCUGCAUGUCAUACUGACUGACAGUAUUAUUUCUCUUCCCCAGCAGACUCCAAGGGCAUUUAAAUUAAAGUACAGUGUUCUGCACUAAUAUAA